AUGACCCGAAAUCCUUUGCGGACCACCGUGCCCGCUUGGGUGGAAUUGUAUGACGAGCACGUUCAUGGGCCGAGAAAGGACGAACACAUUAAACAUCCUCCGCCGAGUGUCCGCCCGGAACAGAAUAAAGGAAAUCAAUUAAUUCGAAGGGUAUCGAAGGAUGGCUACGUUGACUGGGUCGAAGAAAAACACGAUCAUGUAUCCAAACUCCCCGUAUUUUUGAGGAAACGAGCCGACAGGCCAGGGCGACGAUGGGAUCAUUUGCGCACGGCAGAGCCAGUUAUUAUGGGACUCGGCUAUCGAGCACCUAAUGAAGAUCCUUACCAGAGAUGGCGGGAUUUUAUCCGUUCGUCUUCCUACGGAAGAAAUCCCAAUGAUGAGUACGAAGUGGUACCCUAUGAUGUCCUCGCACAACAGAUGCCAGGCCUCGAUAAGCCCGUACGAAGCCCGCUUCAUCCAUUGGAUCCCAAGACCAAGAGAAUAUCUAGAAAGGAUACAUGGGGGAUGAAGAUCUCGGACUUUGUACUGCGGCAUCCAAUAGCGCCUCUUAUAUUCCGUCUAAUCGUUUUAAUCACUACCAUCGCAGCUCUUGCUGUAGCAACAAAUAUCUUCCAAAAAGAGAAGAGCCCAGAAACCCCCAACGACAAUCUCCCAGAGACUUCGCAAGCGAUUGUAGCUAUAGUCAUUGACGCGAUAGCUAUUCCUUACAUUUUAUACAUGAUUUGGGACGAAUAUACAGGGAAACCUUUAGGACUUAGAGCACCAGCACAGAAGAUAUCGCUAACUCUCUUGGACCUCGUUUUUAUCGUGUUGAAAUCUGCUAGCACGGCACUGGCUUUCGAAGCGUUGGUGUAUCAUAGUGGGGAUGGUCUAUCGACAGUUCCUGAAUGGGCAGCAAUGGAGAGAAUGUCUUUGCAUCUGGCUAGGGGUCUUGCGGCGUUGACGCUGGUAGGGUUGAUCGCCUGGAUUCUGAAUUUCACUAUUAAUGUUUUCAGACUGGCAGAGAAACUGGGCGGGAUAGAUAACGUACAUGAAAAAUGA